AUGUUGGCUAUUUUCCACAAGGCUUGUGCUCACCCACCAGAGGAGCUAAACAGUCCUUCUUCUCAGAAUGGAAGCAAGAAGCCUAAGCUCCCAGAAGAGACUCUCACAGAGUUCCUCAACCACCAUCCUCACAACUCCUUCUCCAUGGGCUUUGGCCGUGCUGCAGUGCUUGCUUAUGUCAAGCCAGACCAACCCUUUUACUCCCAACACCAGAGGUUGUUCUGUGGUUUUGAUGAUAUAUACUGUCUGUUCUUGGGGAGCUUGAACAAUCUGUCUUUGCUAAAUAAGCAAUAUGGUCUAACAAAGUGUACCAACGAGGCCAUGUUUGUGAUUGAAGCUUAUAGGACCCUUCGUGACAGGGGUCCCUACCCAGCUGAUCAGGUUGUGAAGGAUCUUGAUGGAAGCUUUGCUUUUGUUGUCUAUGACAGCAAGGGUGGAAAUGUCUUUGCUGCACUGGGUUCUGAUGGUGGAGUGCAGCUUUACUGGGGUAUUGCAGCUGAUGGAUCUGUUGUAAUUUCUGAUGAAUUAGAGGUCAUAAAAGAGGGGUGUGCUAAAUCAUUUGCUCCCUUCCCAAAAGGAUGCAUGUUUCAUAGCGAGGGAGGUUUGAUGAGCUUUGAGCAUCCAAUGAACAAGAUGAAGCCAAUGCCAAGGAUAGACAGUGAAGGGGCCAUGUGUGGGGCCACCUUCAAUGUAGAUAAGUAUACGAGGGUCAACAGCAUUCCUCGGGUCGGAAGUGAAGCAGACUGGACUGAGUGGGCCUCCCAUUAG